UAGAUUUAUAUUUAGCUCUCUCCUAAAACAAUCAUCAGAGCACGAAGAACUGUUUACAACUAUGGGAACCUCAGAGAACAAAUUUGAAAAGCUUACGUUAUAUGUAGGAGAUCUUGAUUCGAGUGUUGACGACAGUGAAUUAUACACAACAUUCAAUGAGAUCACUCAUGAUGUUUCUUCUGUUAAAAUUUGUCGCGACCGAAACACCGGCUCGUCUCUUGGUUAUGGAUAUGUUAAUUUCAACCAUGGUUCCAAAGCGAAGACUGCAAUGGAGAUGCUGAAUUUUUACAAGUUAAAGGGAAAACCUAUGAGGAUAAUGUUUUCAGAACGUGAUCCUAGCAAGAGAAGGGGCGGCAGAGGUAACGUGUUUGUCAAGAAUCUAGACGAAUCUAUCGACAACAAGCAACUUAGCGACAUGUUCUCUGCAUUUGGCAAAGUUCUCUCUUGCAAAGUGGUUCGUGAUGCUUCUGGAGUUUCGAAAGGAUAUGGGUUCGUCCAGUUUUACUCAGAGCUUUCAGUCAAUAUCGCAUGCAAUGUUCGCAAUGGCACGCUCAUCCGCAAUCAACAUAUUCACGUUUCUCCAUUCGUUAGCCGUCGUCAAUGGGAUGAAUCUCGGGUUUUCACUAAUGUUUAUGUUAAAAACUUGGCGGAAACUACGACGGAUGCUGAUUUGAAGAUGAUUUUUGAGGUGUUUGGGGAGAUUACUAGCGCGGUGGUGAUGAAAGACAAAGAAGGUAAGUCUAGAAUGUUCGGGUUUGUGAACUUCGAGAAGGCUGAGGCGGCGGUUACUGCAAUAGAGAAGAUGAACGGGAUAGUAGUUGAUGAAAAAGAGUUGCAUGUUGGGAGGGCUCAAAGGAAAAAUAAUAGAAUUCAAGAUUUGAAAGACAUUUUUAAACUAGAAAAGAUAAAACGGGAUAUGAGAACACGUAAAGGGAUGAAUCUUUAUGUGAAGAAUCUUGAUUAUUCUGUUGAUAACACAAAGCUUCAAGAAUUGUUCUCAGAGUUUGGAACUAUCAUUUCCUGCAAGGUCAUGGUCCAUUCCAAUCGUAUCAGCAAAGGUGUUGGGUUUGUUGAGUUCUCAACGAGUGAAGAAGCUUCUAAAGCUAUGCUCAAGAUGAAUGGGAAAGUGGUGGGAAAUAAACCAAUCUAUGUCUCUUUGGCCCAAUGUAAAGAGGAACAUAAGCUUCAUUUACAAACUCAAUUUAAUAACCUUCCCUGGAACGUUGUUUCGUCAACUAUAGCACCAAGUCCUCACCAACACCCUAUCUUCAGUCAAGCAGUCGCUCCGGCAACAAUGUUAUCUCCACAACCUCCAUUUAGAGGAUACAACUUCCAAUCGUAUUUUAUGUGCGGAUCAAGAAUGCCAAACAGUUGCCCUCCAAUGUCUAUCCCUAAUACCAUGGUGCCACAACCAUUUUGUCCAACUCUAUACCCACCUGCUCCUCCUGUCGGCCUCUACCAUAGUUUGCCACUGCCACUACUACAACCAAAUCUAUGGAACAUAUACCGUAGAAUUUAGUAGCUUAUAGGACUUGAAAUUAUGCUUCCAAAAGCGAACGGUUGGAUUAAUAGUCUUCUUUUAUUAAGUUAAGGUCAUGUUAGGAUUUCAUUUACCAUAUUAUAUUUACUCACUGGUUUUAAUAUGCGUAAAGUUUCUUUUG